CUCAGUACCCCAAAUUAAGGCCCAAUAUACCUCUUCUCCUUAUCGCAACUGCGGCCGGUACUCCACUGCCCAAACCGCUCGUCUCCGAAACCUUUCGCUCUCUUCCCUUCGUCGCCGUCGCGCCGGACUACGACGACGAGCUCCGGAGAAGGAAACAGGCCGUCAUCAAGCAGCACCAGGGCGGAAGUUAAGAAGCUGAGCUGCAUUAGAUGACUAUCAUCGGGAUAUUCAGAGGAGCUAUUCUAUCACCAUAUUCAUGUAAAUGUGACCAGACACACUGCAGUGCUGAAACUCAAUUUCGAAGCAUCCCGCGUAGAUCAGCGAGGAUAUAUGCUGCUCGCCGUGCAAUUUCUAAUGAUCACAAGGAGAAUCCUGAUUUCUCCAGACAACAGAAAAGGUCUUCCAUGGGCAGGAGCAAACAAUACCAAGAGCUUGAACAGUCAGAAAGGAGUGAAGAAACUUAUAUUUUGUCCUCUAGAAAUGGGCCUUUCAUGAGUAAUAUGAGGCACCAGGCUACUGCAACUCCAGGACAGCGAGAUGAAGAAAUACUCGACUUGUUUCGGAAAAUCCAAAUGCAAUUACAGGCUGCUGCCAAGAAAGGUAAGAAGUCUGAAGCGAGUCGACAAAGGCAAAGCGACAGGGCAACCGUGGAUUCCCUCGUCAAAUUGUUAAGGAAGCAUUCGAUGGAUCAGAAGAGCAGUCCCAAGGAGCAUUUUAGUAGCAACCUACUACCAAGAAGCAACACACUAGUGGAUGAGAAUAAAUCAAAUCUUUUUAGCCGAGAUGGCACCAAAUUGAAGGAGGAGCCGGCUCUUGAUCCUGGGCUUCCAGAUCCAGUUUCUUCCACAAGACCUGCCACAAAUUUCAGACGAAAAUCUCUAGUUUGUAGAGCGAACUUCCAAGCUGUAUCGUUUGAAGAGGGUAUCAACCCUCCUCCACCCACAAACUCUCAAGCGAGUAGGAAGAAGAAGAGCGAUAUCAUUGUGGACAACUCUGAGGCCUCGGUGCAUGCAGAUAUUGGUGUUUUGGACUCUCUUGGCCAAUCAUUGUUGGACGAUCAGUUUGAUCCUCCUCUGUCCAAUGAAACUGCCGAAGUGAUUACGGAAUCAUCUACUCUAAAAAUCUCAUCCGAUUUGCCUUCCUUAAAAUUAUCAGAGCUGAGGAAUCUUGCAAAGUCUCGCGGCCUAAGGGGAUAUUCCAAACUCAAGAAAGGUGAACUAGUCGAAUUGCUUGAUGAUUGAUGGUCGACAUCAAUGCUGAAAGGGGAACUUGAAGCUCAAAUCACAUCCCCUCUUUUCCGAUGCAACGAGAUUAAUCCUGAUUGUUUGCAAGCGAACUACUGGAACUAAAUCCUACCAGCAUUGUGCAUCUACUAAGGUGGACGUCAUGUGAUUUCUGUGUUCAUAGUAGUCGAUAACUCAGUUUUACUUGUUUAAAGCCGUUCAUACAAUUAGAUCUUGUCUAUCUUCUCACAGCUUUAAUACUUUUGUUGUGGACUUGCAGCUUGCAGGAACUUUUUUGUGUAGACGAUCCAAGUGAUUUGAUUGUUUAAGAAAAUAGUCUAAGGAAAAAAAAUAACA